AUUUUUUCUAUGAACAAUAAAAAAAAAUAAAAAGGUUUUGUUAAAACUGAAUAGUAAUGCAGUGUGGCGCAGCAGUGGCGCAGCCGUGGCGGGGCAGUGGCGCAGCCGUGGCAGAUCAGUGGCACAGCGGCAGCAGUAGUGGUGUAAACGGAUUUGGUUCGGCAACAGCAGUCCAAACUCCAGUUCUAGGCAGAAGGGUGAGAUGUGGAAUAGAGAAGGAUAGAAGGGCGGCAAUGAAGGGAUUGAGGGAUUUAGGGUUUGAGAUUUGUAGGGAGGGCCAAAAGGGAAGGUGAAAGAUGACUUAAGUGAGUGUGUGUGUGUGUGUGAGAGAGUCGAAGGGUGAGAGGCAGGGGCAAUCACUUGCAGAAAUGGAGAAAUAAAUAAGGUUGCCUAGG